AUGUCUCUCACGAACAUCGAGCUUAGAGGCGAAGUUGAAUCCUAUGUGGAAUCCAAUCUCAUCCCCAUAAAGCCCAGCCAUACACACGCCUAUGACAACAGCACUAAGCACGGACUGCCGAUGAUCGCCGUCUCUCCCGUACAAGGCCAAUUCAUAUCUAUGCUUGCGAAACUAGGCGGGGCGCGGAAUAUCCUCGAAGUCGGCACUUUGGGCGGGUAUUCCAGUAUCUGGCUUGCUGAAGCCGUUCACGGAAAAGGCAAAGUCACAAGCAUUGAGAUUGACGAGCAGUGCCGGCAAGUUGCGGUGGACAAUCUGCGAUUUGCCGGAGUGAAGGUUCCCGAGGAGGUUGAGUCGAUUCUUGGUGCGGGUCUGGAUGUGCUGCCGAUGUUGGUUGCUGAGGUUCAGGAGGGGAAGAGGCAGCCGUUUGACUUUGUCUUUAUUGAUGCUGAUUGGGAUAAUCAGUGGAACUAUUUUGACUAUGGGAUCAAGUUGGCUAGGGGUAAGGGGAGUGUGGUCUAUGUCGAUAAUGUUGUGAGGGAGAUGUUAGAAAGUGGCGUCGUUGGCAACGAAGCGAGAAAGGAAGAUGCGAGUGACUUGGUGGCUAGAGUCGGACGGGAUGAUAGGGUGGAAGCUGUCGUUCUUCAGACAGUUGGAGCAAAGAGCUAUGAUGGCUUUUUGAUGGCAUUGGUGAAAUAG